GAACACUGAAAUCCUCAUUGAUUUCCUCUCUCCAUGGAAGCUACUGAGUUAUGAUCCUUACCCUCACCGGUCUUUAACUAUGCUUAGAAACAAACCUAGAGCUGCCGUGACCAAGAAACAAACAUCUCUAUUAAUGGCUGAGCAACCCCCACCUUCAAAGCCUAACACUUGCCAGUGCUCAUCAUCUCUCUUUAGCUCUCCAAAGUUUAGGUUUUUCACAUCAAAGAUGAUGACUACUCCUUUUGACUCUGAUUUCUCCCUCGUCAGCCCUACGUCGAUCCUCGAAGCUAACCCAUCCAUCUUCUCCUCCAAAAACCCUAAACCCGUUUCCUAUUUCGAGCCCACUAUCCCUAAUCCCCAACGUUUUCACCCACCAGACGUCUUUGGCCUCGCCGACCUCGUCAAAUACGGAGACAGUAACAGAGACCACUCGAGAAAACCUGUCAACAAGAUGGUCCUCUUCGGGUCGAAGCUCAGAGUCCAGAUCCCAUCAGCUGAUUUUGGAACUAAAACCGGCAUGAGAUAUCCUGGUCAUGCACAGGGACAACUCAGUCCUUGUGUCCAAACAAAGGUCUUAGCCGUGAGCGAGAUAGACCACACGGAGGACUACACGCGCGUCAUAUCCCACGGUCCAAACCCAACCAUCACUCAUAUCUUCGACAACUCUGUUUUCGUGGAGGCUACUCCUUUUUGCUCUGUUCCUUUACACCCACCAGCCAUGGAGACCAAGAACACGGAGAGUUUUCUAAGCUAUUGCUUCACCUGCAAGAAGAAUCUUGACCAGAAACAGGACAUCUAUAUAUACAGAGGGGAGAAAGGUUUUUGCAGCAGCGAGUGUAGGUACCAGGAGAUGCUUCUUGAUCAAAUGGAGACCUAGCACUCCUUCUCCAUCUCUUUUCUUCUUUCUUUUUUUUUGCUAUAUUGAUUUUGUCACAGCUUCAUCUACUUUUGUA